AUGCAUCACAAAAAGGGGGACCCUGACAGGAGCUCUUGCUCGAAAAAACAUCACGAGGUUAUUCACAGGGGGAAACCACUAAUGAACUUGUUGAAGAGACCAGAUGGGAGACUCCCCGAUCCGUCGCAUAACAACUCGAGAGAUAGGGACUUCUCCCAGGAGAGUGUCCAAAGGGUCCUACCGAACAGUCGCUCCAUUAGGAAGGAAGAUGGCACUCUUUCAAACCCCAUGUUAGCUCUCAACAUGAGGGGAAACAAACCAACGCACAAUCAGGGUGGCCAAAUCAACGCCAGAAUGAUGACAGAAAAAUUUUGGGAGAAAAAUAAAACCACACAAAGGUUCAUCGAUAGAGAGACAAGACAGAGGGAAAGAAUGGGGAUCCCUCUAGAGCAACCAUUUAACAGCAGAAUGAUGGCAGACGGUGCAUACCACUUUUCCAACCUGAAUGACCGAUGCAGCAGGGAGGGAAGCACCGAUCAGUCCCAAUUUACACACAUGAGGAACAACGCCACGUCAAAACGUUUGGAAGUUUCAAUGCAGGUAAAAAGGCACGAACAAAGAAGGCACGAAUACAUGAGCUGUAGGAAGAACAGCCCACAAGGAGAUCACCUACAUCACGUGAAGGAGCGGCCACCGAGAGACAGGCUCAUUCCCACCGACAGGGAAGGCGCAACUGCGAAAUGUGCCCAUGGAACGUACGGCAAAAAGGGUGCAGCAAAAGGUGGAAGUAGCCAUUCGGAAAGAAUCACCAACGGUAUGGCCAUCCGGAGCAGCGGCGUGACCACCCACAGCAGCGGCGUAGCCACCCACAGCAGCGGCGUGACCACCCAUAACAGCCGCAUGCCCACCCACAACAGCUCCUUUCGAGCUAUGCAUGCCCGGUCAAGGACCCGCGAACAGAUUGACAAAACGCACCCCCAGUUUGGCAGAGGCACAGUUAGCCAGAUGGAGAACCUGGGGAGGAAGUCACAUGGGCAGGAAUACAGAAGGGGAGCAUCUCCCGAUGGAACUACGAACACUUCGAGUGAGUCCAGCGAGACAAACUUGUCAAACGUGUCAAGCCAGUCGAGCGAGUUGAGCGGCUCAGGGCCAGGCAGUGCCGGUGGCAGCCCCCCCCGUAAGGUCAACUCAGAUAGGCGCCCCUUCUUCCCCAACGCAAACCCAUUGCUAAAUGCACCGCUAUCCAUUUUCUCAUUGAAAGACCCACACAAAACCACACAAACGAAAAGCUACAUAUCGAUUAAGAACGUACACCACAAGGACAUUUCGGAUGGCUCAAAUCCUUUCAGUGGGCCCAAGAGUGGCAACCCAGAACAGGCGUCCUUCAUGACGGGCGCUCCAUACAUACCUACUACAAGAGAAAAUACCUUUAACAAGAAUAGAGAUCGGGUCAACCCACGGGGAGGAAGCAACACUCUUGUUUUCAAUUUGCCAAACAGGAGUAGCGACUCACGUAGGGGUGGUAGACAGAAUUACUCUCACCAUCCACAUGAACAUGUUCAGGCGAAUAGACACUUCCGAUGUGAAGAAAAUGACCCCUUUGAUGGACUAAGUUCAGAGGAGUUCCCCUUCACAUUUGAAAAGUUCAAACGAGAGGUCAAACCCUCCACGGGGGAGAGGAAACAGGAACGACCACCCAGUAGGGACAACCAGUUUGCUACUUUUGGAAAACACAACGGAGAAAUGUGCAUUAUGAUUGACACUUCGUGUGUGGGGGGAGAUGUCGAUGCCUCGAUCGCAGCUAUGGCAACGAACGCAGCACACGGGGUAGUCGCUGCGAACGCGGCCAACGUGGUGAAGGCCGCCAACCGGAAUGGCUUCCCCCCCGCGGGAGGCCUACAUAACAAAAAACUGCUGCACCUCACGCACGAAAAGGUGAAGAAGGGCCUCACCUUUGACGAAAUGAGGAGAAGGAGCUUCGAGGCUAUGUACACAGGUGAGUCCGCGUCCGCGCACGUGAAGGAUAAGCGCCGCGAUGGGAGCGACAUGCGCGACAUGCGUGAUGGGCGCGAUGGGCGCGAUUUUUCCAAUCAUUCCCUGCGCGAACGGGAAGAGAGAAACAAAAGGAACGCGCGCGGAAGCGCCACCCAGUCGAGUGAGUCACUAGAAACGAACUCUUUGCCAAAGAAGAGAAGGCUAAAUGGAACCGAGGCGAAGGACAGACACAGCCAGGUGGUCAUCCCUCCAAGUGCAGCUACUGAAAAAAAUGAAGUGAAUCUUUCAAGAGGAGGCACAAACGUGAGUUACAACAAAACGGGGUCUCAGCCUGAGCAUGGCAGAAACGAAAAACCAUUGUUGAGGACCAACUUGAAGACAGAAAAGGUAAUGAACCCCCUGCAAACCAGAGUAAAAGGUAUCGAGAAAAACAGAAUCUGCGAUGCGACAAAACGGGGACAAGGCAAUCCUCCCACUCGGGAAGAAAAUAAAAUUGAAAAUUGCAUUAACGUAUUUUCCCAAAAGAAAAACAUUUGCAAUGAGAAAAAUUACACGAACACGAACACGAACACGAACACGAACACGAACACGAACACGAACACGAACACGAACACUUGUUCGGGCAGCUAUCGAAAGGAUCCCCUGCCUUCUUCACGAAAAAAUUUCGAAGUAGCUCCCGUGCUGUUUAAAAACUUGAACACACAGCUUAACGUUCCUGCGGGUAGCAGCUGUGAGGACAAGAGGGGAAAGACAAGCCCAGCACCCCUUCACCACAGUGCAGCAGCUGCAGCAGUAACUGAGGUUGCCAAGCUUACUGGAGUUGGGAGAAACAAGGGGGCUGCUCGAGAGAGAAGCCUAAGUGGGAAUGAUGAGGAAAAAUCAAACAGAGAAAAAUCGACGAAGAGGGUAAAUAACGUCCCCGCAGGGGGUAGCGGCGCCAUCCUAAGUAAAAACUGCAUCACAAACCCGAAGGAGCCACAAGUGAAUGGGCAGAAUGAUGCCAGAAAUGCUACCCAUUUUGGCAAAACAGGCAAAUCACAACAGACGAAGCAGAGUAACGACGCAAAAGAGGACACUCACGUGGGGGUUGUCUCUACGAAUGUGCACAGCGCAAAGGUGUUCUCUCCAGGAAUGGGACAGCACCCCGUCGCAGAUGCCCAGUCGAGAGAGGACGCACAAGUUGGCGGGGAAAAUGGACCAUUCUGCGGAGAGAACAAAAGUGAUCCAUCCUGCGAAGAAAUAAAUGAACCAUUUUCAGAAGAAAUAAACGAGCCAUUUUACGACAUCUUCGAUUUGAAUGGCUUGUCCAAGGAGAAGAAAACGCAGAAGGAAACCUCGCGAGAUGGCACACCGGAGGCCACCGUUGCACACGCGUCCAACCUGUGCAGUGACGUUCCCCUGGUGAAGAAAAAGAACCUGACAAAGGUGCCCAAGAACGGAGAUGACAGACCCGGGAGAAAAGCAUGUAAGGAAGAGCAGCUCGGAACAAAAACGGAGGGCGAGUCGACUGCGCUGAGUGGUGGGGCGGCAAAUGAGAUUAGAGGCAGACAGGGCGACACACUCGCGGGCGCGCCAGAAAAGGUUGACGCGACGAAAGUGAGUGACUCGACCAAAGUGAGUGACGCAACCAAAGCGAGUGACACAACCAAAGCGAGCGACGCGACCAGAACGAGUCACGAAACCAAAGCGGUCGACGCGGCUAAUAUAGUUAACGCAACUAACACGGACCACGCCGCCAACAAUGUGAAUGCAGUGCCCGUACGCGGGGAAGCACGCAGGGAGAAGAGACCGCCAGGCAGCGCCUCGGCACAUGCAUUAUCGAACAAAGACGCCCUAGCGGGCACAGGAGCAGACCUCGCAGGGAAAGGCAAAGAGAAGGACGAAGAAAGCCACACAGCAAAGGGGGCACCAAAUAAAGCGGAAGGUACCACCUUGUUGCAUGAACGUCACUGCGGAAAGAAUGUAGAGGAGGGGGUGGAUAAAAUUACUGACAAAAAUAAGCAGCCGGAUAGAAAAAGGAAUGCCCCCCCCUCCUGA